AGGCGGCAGGAUGCUUCAGCUUGAACAGCCCAAUCAGAAGGCUCUAAAGCAGGAAUUUAAAGGUCUGUGCGGCGUUUUCGGUAUGCCAUAACUUCUGCUCGAGCACAGGAAUAAACACGACUAGAGGCUAUUUUUAUUUUUGCCCACCGCUGUUGACAUUUCCUGUUACUUAAAAAUGGCUGAGAACUCCCCCCGUCUGAACCAGUUCAAGAACAAAGGCAAAGAUGUCAAUGAGCUUCGACGCAGGAGGGUGGAGGUGAACGUGGAGCUGCGCAAGGCCAAGAAAGAUGACCAGAUAUUCAAGAGGAGAAAUGUGUCUGCGAUGCCUGAGGAGGCCACUUCUCCUUUACAAGAAAGAAGCCAGAACUGUCAGGGGCUCAGGCAGUGGACGGUCGAGGAGAUUGUCGCAGGAGUGAACAGUGGGAAUUCUGAGUCCCAGCUCCAGGCUACACAGGCUGCACGGAAGUUGCUGUCUCGUGACAAACAUCCUCCCAUUGACCAGCUGAUCAGCGCUGGUCUCAUCCCCAAGUUUGUCUCCUUCCUGGGAUAUGUGGACUGUCCUCCGAUCCAGUUCGAAGCAUCCUGGGCUCUGACUAACAUCGCCUCCGGGACGUCCGAGCAGACGGCCGCUGUCGUGUCAGGCGGGGCCAUUCCUGCCUUUAUUAGCCUGGUCACAUCCCCCCACCAGCACAUCAGCGAGCAGGCGAUCUGGGCCCUUGGAAAUAUUGCUGGUGAUGGAUCAGCUCUUAGAGACAAGGUCAUCAAGCAUGGCGCUGUGGCCCCUCUGCUCAGUCUGCUGGCUGUCCCUGACCUCAGUGCAUUUAGUGCUGGCUACCUGAGAAAUGUGACGUGGACACUGUCAAACCUGUGCCGCAAUAAGAACCCCUCCCCUCCUAUGACAGCCAUCGAGCAGAUUUUACCCGCUCUCGUCCGUCUGCUACACCACGAUGACUCGGAGGUGCUGGCUGACGCGUGUUGGGCUGUUUCAUACCUGACAGAUGGCCCCAACGACCGCAUUGAGGUGGUCAUCCAAACCGGUUUGAUCCCUCGUCUGGUGAAGCUGCUUGGCUUUGAAGUCUUGCCUGUGGUUACUCCUGCACUCCGCACCAUUGGCAACAUUGUGACUGGGACAGAUGAGCAGACACAGGCGGUGCUGGAUGCUGGAGCCUUGGCCAUGUUCCCCCCACUGCUUCGCCACAAAAAGGCCAACGUUCAGAAGGAAGCUGCCUGGACUCUGUCUAACAUCACAGCAGGAAAGGACUCACAAAUCCAAGAGGUCAUCAACGCAGGCCUCGUUCCAUACAUGGUUGAGCUGCUCGCACGGGGAGACUACAAAACUCAGAAAGAGGCUGUAUGGGCAGUUACAAACUUCACCAGUGGGGGCACUGUUCAGCAGGUGGUCUACCUGGUUCAAGCCAAUGUGAUUGAGCCACUUCUGAAUCUCCUCUCCUCAAAGGACAGCAAAACUAUUCUUGUCAUCUUGGAUGCCAUUACCAACAUUUUCAUGGCUGGGGAUAAAAUCGGUGAGUCCGACAAGCUGAGUCUAAUGAUCGAGGAAUGCGGUGGACUGGACAAGAUUGAGGCGCUGCAGUCACAUGAGAAUGAGAUGGUCUACAAAGCCUCCCUGAACUUGAUUGAGAAAUACUUCUCUGAGGAGGAGGAAGUCGUGCAGAGUGUCAUCCCAGAAGCAACCAAUGACGGCUAUGCGUUCCAGAUCAGUGAAAGCCAGAGCACUUUCAAUUUCUAGAUGGACUUCUAAUACCUCUCCUCUCCCUACUGUACCAUCAUUUCUAUUGUGCGUCCUUUGUUCAUGUCUGUGUGAUGUUUUACUAUUUUUGUUUGUAUGUGUUGUACAUACUGUUUUAACAUGGCUGAUGAAACAAGUCUGUAAAUAAAGUUGUCAGAUCGUG